AUAAGAUGAAGCUGGCUCCCUCCUGUCACCACUUUCUGCUCAUCCUGCUUAGUGUUAUUCUGACAGGCAUACAUGGAGGCAGGAUCAUCGGGGGUACAGUAGUACAGCCUCAUUCCCUCAAGUACCAGGCCUCGCUGCUUUACAGAGACUCCCACUUCUGUGGAGGAACCCUGAUACACCCCCAGUGGGUGGCAUCUGCUGCCCACUGCUGGAGACCGAACUACAUGAUAAAAGUGGUUCUGGGGGAACACAACCUUAAUAAGGUGGAGGGAUCUGAGCAGAUAUUUAGUGUCUCAUUGAUCAUCAAACAUUACCAAUACAAUUACUGGAUACUUGACAAUGACAUCAUGCUGCUUAAGCUGGACCGUCCAGCAAACAUCAGCGACAUGGUGGAGCCGGCCCCCCUCCCAGAGAAGAACGCACCUCCUGUGGAAAACUUUUCCCAGUGCACCGUCAGCGGCUGGGGGGUGACGGGCCUCUACAGUCAGAGCCUCUCCUCUGAACUGAUGUCUGUCAGUGUGGAUUACUUCUCCAACUGCUGGAGCUUCUACUACUACUACUCCUUCAUGAUCACAAGCAACAUGAUCUGUGCAGGUUCUCUGGAUGGAGGGAAGGACUCCUGUCAGGGGGAUUCAGGAGGCCCACUUGUCUGCAACGGUAAAUUUGAAGGCAUUGUCUCUUGGGGCAUCGGCUGUGGCUAUGCGUCCUACCCUGGUGUUUACACCAAGGUCAGAAACUACCUCAUCUGGAUUGACCAGGUCAUCCAGAGCAGCCCAUAACUCCUCAAACCACAAGAAAGUACUGAAUAAAAUUUCAACUGUCCCAAAA